CUGGACCUCAAGUGGAGGAACUACCCCUUCAACACCUAGGACGUGGGUUGUGGGACCUAUCACCUAUCACCUACCACCUAUCACUGAGGACCACCACCACCGACGCGCGCAGUAGUACCAGUACCAGUACCAGUACCAAUACUAUCCCAAUACUAUCUCCGACACUCCUCUUCACAUCACCAACAAGAAUUCGCCCAUCGUAGGCUACCUCCACACCUGUCCUUCCAAAUCUGCAGGACAAGGACAUUGGUGCCAAUAAUGCCAUUCGUUGGCCAGCAAACACCAGAUAGUUCCCGUAUCUGUACCCAACGCCGCACUCAUACCCCUCCCCCUCCUCAUCCUUCUCUUCUCACGGCAACCUCCAGUCCCAAAAGGGCAGCAGGGACGCAGAUGGCGCCUAUGGAAGCGACACUGUUCCAAUCGCAACCAGAAGGCAUUUCUGAUAACGCGCGCGCGAGGGAAUUGUACAAGUAUGUCAAGCAUUCCCCCCCUCGACUAGUCCAGAGACAUCGCACAGAAACAACCUACAAGUUUCCAAGGAGCUGUAGUGUCUAUGGCAACCCAGACGUGCAGUCAAGACAACAGAAAUAUGCAAGACUGACAGAGUUCGUCUCGCAGAUACUUCCGUCCGCCUGAGCCAAACUUGGCUUCCAUUCCUACACAAGAAACAGCCAAAGGAAAGACCAUUCAAUCAGAUGUCACGUCUACUAAAGUCUCCUCCCCAGAUUCGGCAUUGACAGCUUUCUGUCAGUUGCUGGCAUGGAGGACCAACGCACAGAGAGCAAUGAUAGGGUACGUCGCACACCCUGCGAAUGGUGGUUGCAUACUGACUUACCAAGUCUCAUUGAUGCCGAUACACAAUAUUUCGUGGCAGAAAGUACCAGGACGCUUGAUUUAGUUGACGGCGCAAAACAUGCCCCGGGUGAUGAUCUAUGGAUGGGAUGCAGCAGCGUGUCUAAGGGCGGAAAGUUGUGCGAGAGGUAGGGAGAAUUGGGAUGUUUGGUUGCGCUUGCCUCAUACUGAUCCCAAAAUAGGACUAUCGCUGUGGACCACACUGAAUCGGUGGGCGAUUACCCAGCUUUCAUUGUCAACGACCUCCAGAAGGACGCGCGUUUCAAUCAGCUUCCCUUCGUCAUGGGUGCGCCCUAUCUACGCUUCUAUGCGGGGGUUCCACUCAUCACAAAGAGGGGGAUCGCAAUUGGGAGUCUGUUCAUUGUUGAUGACUAUGCUCGAAAUGGUCUUUCGAGUGACGAUGUCCAUUUCAUGGGUGCCAUGGCUAGGACGGUCAUGAGUCAUUUGGAAAUGGCAAGAGAAGUCGAGGAGCAUCGUCGAGGGAUGAAAAUGAGCAGAGGACUGGCAUCUUUCGUACAAGGCCGUUCGGAGGUGCUUGAGUCCGAUCUUGAACCGGGAGAAGCGCUGGGCGAAGGAGAGGGAACUCGAAUUGCUGGCAAGUUUGAAAGGGAAGCGGGAACCAACCGGACCAAGUCAAAAGCUUCACAUCGCAGUUCCGUAGACUCCACGGUUAGCUCUGCUCAGGGCCUUGAACGCAAGGAGCGAGAAUAUUCUGCCAAUCUGGCAAAGACAGAGGAAGCUUUGCUACACGAAAAUUAUCCGAAGCCAGAAGUGACAGUACGACGACCUGAGAUAUCUUCAGGUUCCCAUGGCGAAUCUCAUACUUCGUUGGGUACAGCCACAACCGAUGCUUUCUCACCACUCUCGCGAUCCGAUACUAGCCCCGCAGACACUCUUUCGGAGGAGUCUUCACAGAGACAACUCUCUUCUCGUGCGGCCAACCUGAUCCGAGAGACCUUUGAAGUCGAUGGGGGGUGCAUUUUCUACGAUGCGCAGGCAGGUUUUGCUCCUGAUCCGCCUCAAUCUCGCCUCAAUCAAAUUGCUCAAGAUGAAAGCCAAACUGACAGCCAGGUUGCGAGCGGUGACGAGCUACUCUAUUCUAACGAGCCCCGAGAACCCCCACCCUUCAAUCCCCCAACAACUCGCUCUGUUUUAUCCGAUAUGUCUCCUAGUCUAACCCCUCGAGAUGCAACAUUUUCACGGAGUUCGAACAUGUCACAUAAAUUGGCGGAUAUAUUAGGGUUCUCAACACCUGGAGCUUCUUCGAUCCAUGGAGACCUCGUUCCCGGCUUACAAUCCUUCAGACCACUCCAGGAAAAGGCACUGAAUUCUCUUCUGCGCCGCUUCCCUCGCGGAAAAUUGUGGACCUUUGACUCAGAAGGCGAAGUAUCCUCAUCUUCAGAAGAAGACCAUCGUCGCUCCCGCAAAGAUCCACUCCGUCUGAAUCAAGAGCUUAUGCAGAAGAAAGUAAGGUCGGCAAAGCCCAAUUCCCACGCGAAAUUCUUGACUCGACAUUUUCCUGGCGUGCGGCAGCUGUUGUUUGUUCCCCUUUGGGAUGCUGGCCGCUCUCGUUGGCUUAGCGGUUGCUUUGUAUGGUCUACAGAGGCCACUCGAAUUUUAUCUAAAGAGAGCGAGUUGUCCUUUUUGACGGGGUUUGGAAAUUCUGUUAUGGCGGAGUGGUCACGUAUUGACACUCAAAUCGCAAAUCAGAAAAAAGAUGACUUUAUUGGAAGCAUUUCCCAUGAGUUGAGAUCUCCAUUACAUGGAAUCUUGGCAAGUGCCGAAUUUCUUAGUGAAGAAGUGAAAUCGACCUUCGAGCUUGGCAUGGUUGAGACCAUCUCUUCCUGUGGCAGGACUUUACUCGAUACAAUAAACCAUGUACUUGACUUUUCCAAAAUCAACCAUUUUGAGCGAACAUGGCGUAAAAACCAUACCCCACAUACCCGCCCUACCCGCAAUGCAUUGGCUCUUAAACAAUCGGAACUACCGAUGAUCAAUCUCUACGCAGAUGUCGAUGUUUCAGUCAUAUGCGAGGAAGUGGUUGAGGGCGUUUUUGCCGGACAUCUGUUCCAGAGUAGCACUGCAGCAAACUUUGACAGUACGUACUUUUUCCCUUGUCUCCGCUUGCUCUAUUGGUCUGGAGCGGAAACUCUAACAUGUUGCAGUGGUUCAGGAUUCCUCGAAAAGAAUGCCGAGUCCAUCCAAGGAUGAUCUACAAGCCCCGACUCGUUCCACAGCACCUGAAGUUGCAGUCAUAUUUGAUGUAGACUUGCAAAAUUAUCAAUUUACAACACAACCAGGAGCUUUCAGAAGAGUGGUCAUGAACCUCCUAGGAAACGCCUUGAAAUACACCGCGCGUGGUUGUGUUCGGAUUAAAUUAACGUCGACACCGAUGGAGGACUUUCACGACGUGGAAACCAGAGAAAUUAUCCCACGGGCUAUGCUAGUCUUGACCGUGACCGAUACAGGCAAAGGCAUUGCUCCCGAGUUCUUGCGUUCAAAAUUAUUUACACCAUUUGCGCAAGAAAAUUCUCUAUCUAGUGGAACUGGCUUGGGACUAUCGAUAGUCAAAAGUAUUGUUAAAAUACUUGAAGGAGACAUAACUAUUGAGAGCGAGGUUGGACGGGGAACGCGUAGGAAGACCCCAGAUUUGUAAUUUCUCAGCUAACAUUCUUCUUAGAGGUCCAUGUUAGUCUUCCACUUAUGAGAGGAGCCCUCAAAACUUCCGAUCCAGUACCUGAUGCUCCUAAAUCGUCCAUGAUACAUGAACCAGAUGAUGCUAUCGCGAAGCUCAAGUCGCUCGUUGUCGGUCAGAGGGUAUCACUUCAUGGAUUUGAGUCAGGAACAGGAGACCCAUUAUUUCAAAAGAUGGAGAGAUUACUCCAAGCUUCAAUUGUAAACAUAUUGCAAAAUUGGUAUGGAAUGCAAGUAGUCCCUCUGGGUCAAAAAGCAAGCAUUAUCGUAUCCAACGAAGGAGACCCAGCAACCAUUAACAAGAUAGUACGCAGCAUUGUUACUACUCACCGACUUCGUCCAUCUGUGGUGGUUCUUUGCUCCCACUUAUCCAAAUUUGAUCGCGCUACUGUUGAGGCCGAGGCAAGUAUUGGGCACGUCACCAAACCUGUAGGACCCCUCAAGCUCGGAAGAGCCAUCGCUCAAUGUUUGGGAGGGUCACUCCCGGCUACCCCUGGUCAGGUCGAUGUCAUAGUCUCGCCAAACAGUAAUGAUAUGAGCAAUUUAUUCGAGGAGAUGACUCUGAAUCCUGCAGCUGGCGAGGUGCUGGAUAAUAGCCGUAUGGCGGCCGAUAGCGAUAAUGCGCGCAAGGCAAUAGAGAGCCCAACACCCAAUGCCGUUGCCGACAAGGCUUCCGAGUUUCCUUUCCCUAUCUCGGAUUCUCCUGGGAAAGCAAAAUCCUUGCCACUAGGUAAAAAGGUUCUUCAAACUAUGGGUACCAAAUCAGUCCAGAGCGAAGAUGAUACACCGACAAGCUCACACAAAAAGAAACUUCCUUCCUUCUUACUAGUCGAUGAUAAUGCGAUCAACCUCAAACUGUUAGGGACCUCGAUUCAGAAACGGAACCACCUAGUCAUUGACAAAGCCAUGGAUGGGCUCGCGGCUGUCAAGGCAUUUCAAGACCGAUCAGAAGGGUAUGAUAUCAUAUUCAUGGAUAUCUCGAUGCCUCUUCUCGAUGGAUUCGGGGCCACCAGGGAGAUUCGUGCUCUUGAAGAGUCAAGGAAACAAAAGGCCGAGGAGGAGAAUGUUUCUUUUACUCCGGCAUUGAUCAUUGCUCUUACGGGGUUGGCAAGUAGCGAGGAUCAGAGUAAGGCUGCAAAGGUUGGAGUCGAUCUCUUUCUUACGAAGCCUGUUUCUUUUCGCGACGUGAAGAAGAUGUUGGAUAAUUGGGAGGCUAAUAGGUGAUAUGAAGCGAAUCUGUUGAGGGGAGAGUUCUGAGAGUGUUGAUUAUGAUAGGGGGUGGAUGGGGUAGAUGGUGAUUCUACUCGAUUUUGGCGAGCUGACUGACAUUGGGUUCGUGGUUCGGGUACCACAGAGGAGAGGUUCCAGAUGAAAAGAAUUCCUCGCCUGUUUCUUUCUCCAAUUUCUCGAUAUUUCGCUUUUGCAUUGGAUGGCGUCUUGG